AUGUCGCCCGAAUCGCACGUAGAAUCAGUCCAAAAAGGGUUUGAGCUGAUUGCACUCGCUGCGACCUUUUUGGCGGGCGUGCAAGCUCAGGUCAUGAGUAUUACUAUGAAUAUACCACUCGAGAGCCAAACGACGAAGAUUUCUCUUAUCAAUGCCUUUUUCCUCAUCGGCCUCGUGCUCGACAUCAUGGCCGCAUGUCUUUCGUUCCUUACCUCUCGAUGGCUCGGACGUCUCACAGUAGGAGAAAAGGAAUUUUUGAACAAGUGGUUCGAUGAACGCGAUAAACGUGCGGCGAACAAGGCGAAGGCGGAUCCACCUGGGGACACCCAGCCCGCGGCGGAGAACGACACAGAGGCGUAUUCACCUGGUCCAGUUGGCGUCGUUGAAAAAUUCAUUGUUUGGUGGACAUCCCUUUCCCUCUUCAUCCCACUCCCCUUGAUCGUAUUCGGGGUGGGAUUCAUGGCGGUGGGCAUCCAGAUCUACAUCUGGACACUCCAGAAGCGCCUCGUCGCCAUUAUGGUCACCAUCGCUUACGCAGGCGUCACCCCAUUCCUCAUAGGCGUUUUCGUGAUUGGUCGAGAGCCCGACCGACGGGAACGAAUCAUGUACAAGCUCGCAAUGCGUCGGGGAGAUUGGUAA